UGUCCGAAAAAGGGUUAAUUGUCAAAUUUCCACAGACUUACCCCACCCACUUCAAGAGUGUCCAACGGAACGAUUCCACAUGCCACUGGCGGUUGACUCAGACUAGUUUGUAAUUGAACCAGAAACCGAUUAAUAAUGCGCUCCAAAUGGGAACUGCAUACCUCCAGUUCAUUUAGCAGUUGGAACAUAUGACACUUCUAUGGACAGAAGGAUGAGAGUCCAACUUACAAUGAACAAAUUUUCAUUUACCUUCUCCAAAAUCCAUGUAUUGACCGACAGGAUCAGCCAAAUGCGUACACCAUGCAUAAAUAACCAGAGUAGGCGAUAAAUUAGCAACAAGGACUCCUCCCAGAGUGGGGUCUCGAAAAAGUUGAAAAUCAGAUAGAGCUCAACGCAGAAGCUGGUCAGUGAGUUGGCGAAGUUCAGUAGAAGGAAUAUUCCAAACUUGUCCAUCAGUUUCUUAUGCAGUUGGUCUAUUGUAUUGCACAUGGAGCGCAACUCCUCCAGAAGUAGACCAGAACAGCCGCCGGCGUUCACAAGAAUUCCAAAAGCAGCUUCGUAGUCGGCGUCCAGUUUGGUGGCACUUAUCGGUGGCCUCUGGCGCAACUUUAACUCCUCCAGGCGCUGCCUCAAAUUCUCCAGCAAAAGCCCAAGGAUAUGGACAGGUUGGACAUAUUGGAGUACUCCCAAGCUUAUCAUCAGAGCUGGCAGAUUGUAGAUGCUGUUACUAAAAGCAGUUGCACACCAGUCGAAAUUGAAGGAUCCAAUGUCCACCGCGGCACAAAGAAGAUGGAAGGCUAUAACCACACAUAGAAGUUGAUGGCUGCUCUGACAAUGUCUCCGGUAGAUAAGUUUAACUACGUUGGGGUCUAAUCCACCAACAAAGCGAUGGAUCUGGAACUCUGUCUCCUGGCACCAGGGACGAUUUUUUACGGCAUAGUAAACCAAAAAUCCAUUCACUGCCAUGUUACCUGGGAGCUCCAUUAGAUACAGAAUCUUCUCGAUAGUCGGAAUUUCUGACUUAAAGGUCACGCAUUUAUAGAUGCUAGAAAUCCAAAUAUAGAGGAGCAGAGACAGGCACCAGAGGCAGUGAAUCCAUUGAAUAGGACCCUUUCUUCCCAAUGGAGCAACUCCAAGGAAUCUACUCACAGUCAGGAGGCAAUUCGAAGUGCUCAUCUUGAAGCGUCAAUGGUUAAUGAUGGAGCUAAAUUAGGGAAUAAAAUGCAAUGGAAUUAAUAUUUCUCGGUCAGUUAUGAUGUGGAAAUCAAAGAAAAUAUCAUCCAGAAACUACAAGCUGAAGGCUUGGCUACGUAGAGGGCCACCCACUCAAAUGCAGAAAUAUAUGGAAAAAUACCAUGAACUUCAAAGGAUCCUAAAUACACUGCUCGUGAUUUCUGUUAUUUCUUGCACCGCACCGAUAUCCAUACUGCGAAGCUGUCGAAGCAGAGCGCACUACCUUCUUCAUUUGGUUUGGAUGACGUUCUGGUAUGGAUUCUUCAUCAGUGCCUCAUAUUGGGAAUUCACACGGAUCACCCUCCAAAAAGUUUCCCUCGAUCGCUAUUUGAACGCCGUAGAAUCCGCGAUCUAUGUGAUCCAUAUCGCUUCUAUAUUACUUCUGACACUGCAAUGGAGAAACAGAAUUUCGCAUGUCCUGGAGGACAUAGUUAAAUCGGACAUGGAACGAGGUUAUAGCCUUGAUUGCAACCGAAGCAGAAGAUUCAUUAGAUUUCAACUCCUGCUAAUCUGGACGUUUACAUGCCUGGCAAUAUCCGUUGAUUUCUGGAGCAAGAAAUGUGAUAAAAUCAGAGCGGCUUUAAGCAUCACCAGCUUUGUGAUGCCCAAUAUUAUCAGUGGUCUUUCUUUUGCCCAGUACUAUGUCCUGCUUCGGGAAAUUGCUUGGCGGCAGGAAAAGGUGACGGAGUGCUUGGAGCGGGAAUUGUUUCUUUCCCCUUUACCACGGAAAGCGGAGAUUCAGAAGUUUCGACUACAACACGCCGAGUUGACGCACUUCACCAGACUUGUCAACCGAAGCUAUCAGUACUCCAUUUUGCUGCUCUUCGUUGGAUGUUUCCUGAACUUUAAUUUGGUUCUGUUUCUGGCUUACCAAGGAGUGGAAAACCCAGGCCAAACUGACUGGCCCAAUGGAAUAUAUAUGCUUCUUUGGUUAGCCAUGCACAUGGGAAAAGUUAUAAGUAUCCUUUAUUUUAACCAAAAGGUUCUAGGAGAGCAUUCCAGGUGCUUAAUUGUAUUGAACGAAGCCCCAAACCCACAUAAUGAUCUCCAGGAGACCAUCAACCACUUUAUACUUCAGUUGAAUACAGAUGUGCGCCAGCAUGUGGUAGCAGGUGUCAUUUCGCUGGAUCUGAAAUUCUUAACAACUGUGAGCUUGAAACUAACUAACUUGUAUAUCCUGGCAGUAGUAUUUUAUCAAAGCGGAUACCUUAAUCGUGAUGUGGAUCGGUUCUCCAGCUAUCAGCGAUAUCUUGGACAUUAUUUGACCGAUUCCACAGCGGAAUACCUUAAACGACUCGUAGAUCGAUUCUCCAGCAAUCUGCAUCAAAAUCUGGGAACAAAAUAUUUUUUCGAUUUUUUCUAAAAUUUUCUGGGCCCAUCCCCUUCAAAAUGUGG